AUGAUUGGGUUUGAUGUUGGUUUGAGGAGAGCUUGUGAGGAGGAAGAGGAAGAGGAAGAGGAAGAGGAAGAAGAGGAGAAGGAGGAGCAGGAGAAAGCAGAAGAAAAAAAGAACACGAUGAGGAUAAGGAUAAUGGAGUCAGCGGAGGAGGAGAAGGAGACGAAGCACUUUAUAUAUGGAUUCGGUGCUGGUGUCCUGGCUGGCUGA